AUGUGUAUUGUCAUCCUGGAAAAGCUCCCACUCCCAUUCCAUAAUCGGUUGGAAUCCAGCGGAGGGAUCGCCGUCAUCAUCUCUAGGAGUUUCGUCAAUUUUGACCCUGACCCUCCCUUCUGCUUUGUCAUUCUCCUUGACUUCCCCCUUGUCUUCUUCACCAUCCUCCACCAGCACCUUCUUAUCUCGGUCGCCUCCAGCCCUCCCUAUUCCCCUAAUCUUCCCCCAAAUCUCUCUAACCUUCUCCCGCCUAUGAUCAGUCUUCCCGAGCUCCUUCAAGUUCCUCGCAACCCUCCCGCUGACUCUUUCACACCCCCCUCCUCCUAUGAUCCCCGCAGCCUCUCCAACUUCCCUCCGUUCUCCCUGAUCCCAGGCGAUGAUUCUCUCAUCAACCUCUUCCUCAAUAUCGCGGAUCUCCUCCAUUAUCUCGCCAACAAUCCUUACCCCUUCACGUACACUGACUCCCCUUUGUCUUCUAACAGACUUAUAAAUCGCGUUCACCAUACAAAGCCGUUCUUCCACAAAGUCUGCCAUCGCAGCUGGCACUGCUUGGGGGAAUGAGGGUAUCUUGUGUUUUACGCCGCUGGCAAAUUCUUCGAUUGCUAGAACAAGCGGGCGUAGGUCGGUGGGGAGUUUGUAUGUUUCUGGGUUACAUGAUGUGUGUUUGUUUUCCUCUGCUGGGAGUAAUGGGAAUUGGAGUGACUGAGUAUGAGAGAGGGAGAGGGAGCGCGUGGAGGGGCGGUAGCUGAGCCCGGAUUGAUGCAUUCUAGCUUUCUCGAAACUUUUUUGACGCUUUCUCGGAUUUCUUGUUCUAUGUUUUCUUCCUUUUUCCCCUCUUCCUGGGCGCCCCUUUUUCAUACAGGUGCCAGGCAAAUAAUAAAAAUAUCACCUGCCCGAAACCUCAUUUCAAGGCGCAUAUGCAUUUCAAGGAUCGGAUAAAUUUUCAAGUUGAAUUUGAA